CCUACGCACAGAGGCGAGCCACAAGCUCACAGAGAAACAAUCAAACUACUGUUGUAACUCCAGUACGACCUCGUAGAAAGGCGACGACAGCUCCACUCUUUAUAUCGGAGUAGCCUACACCGUCUGCGGAUAAAUCAAGACCAUAACAUUAACGUUUGAUAAAGGCGAGGCUUACUGACAGGAUGACAGAAGUGAUGAACACCUGUGAUUCGACGGUGGGAGACUUCAAUGUCGGAGGCACCUCAGGAGAAGAGGGUAUAUCCUUUCAGAUCUUUCCGGACUCCCACGAACGGUUCCCCAAGCUGUCCAAACGGCUUCCCUCCAUCGUGGUGGAGCCCACCGAGAGCGGGGAGGUGGAGAGUGGCGAGCUCCGCUGGCCCCCCGAUGACCUAAGUUACCCUGAUGAAGACCCCGGAAAGGCCCAGGCCCAGGCAGCAGGCGAGGAUCAUCCAGCAGGGGUACAGCAAUGAUGGGAGGAGUUUAAAACUGACUCUCACAAUGCUGGCACCAUUCCAGCCACUCACUGUGAGUGUCUCCGUGAUGGACAGAAGCAAGGAGGAGGGUCUUCAGGCUAAGCCCCGCCCUUAAUCAACUAGAUCCGCCAACAUGUUGGUAGACCUCCACACCACUUGGUGGGGCUGAACCCUGUACGAUUGUCUUAAAUAGCUCAUACGUGCCAAAUUCUAGUGGGUAGCUUGUUACUGUAGAUGAAUUUGUUGCUUGUUUUACUUUUUUAGGUUUCACAAACAACAUUUUUAUGUACACCCCAUUCAGAGUUUGUUUAGCCGUGAUCUUUAGAUCUGAACAGUUCAGUAUAUAAAUGUUUUGUGUAUCUGGAUGCCUUAGAUCAAAGUCUAUAACACUGUACUCUUUUGAAAACGAUACAUACUGUACACUGUAGAUCAGGGGUUGGAACUGGUUCAGGGAACAGAACAGACAACUGGAAAAUAAUGACAUUUUUCAAGGAACAGAAAUAAAACCAGGACAAAAGUGAUCUCUAGUGUCCUGGAAGAGAACCAUUAUUUUCAAAUCUAAACCAGUAAAUAAUCUUAUUUUUUUCCCAAAAAUAUUUAUUAUGUCUAGUAUAUAAUUCUGUAAUUCAGUGAAGUUAUGAUGCUAGUAAUAGCCUAAACACACUCCAAUUAACGUCAUGAUGUUUAGCGCUUCAAACCAUGCGUCCUCCAUGUCCACACCACUCUCGCUCUCCCCCCACCUGUGAAAUCUCAGUCGCAACAUCUCUGACCAAUUAAACAUAUAAACAACUAGCCUACCCAUUCCAUAGAAAGCUGCUCUAUCCGUGCUAAUUGGUGGGGUAAAAUAAUGACCUAAAUGUAAAAACUAUGUUGAUUUCACAGGUAGAAAUUUUUUUUACGAAAAGGAAUUAUAUGAACCGUUACUUUUUUGGCGUUCUAACCGGUUCAGAACUUUAUUAUGCUGGUCGGAACAAAAAAAAUAGGGGUUCUGUUCAGAAAAUAACAAUUGGAAAAUAAUUUUGGUUCCAACCCCUGCUGUAGAUAAACAGAUUUAUACAGUGUGUUUGGGAGAGGAGAAUUCAUCAUGAGGUAUGUGGCUUUCUUACAUUAUACUGUAUAGCUGUCAAUUACGGCUCCUGCUCAAAUGCAUGUUAUUAUCUAUAAGCACUUAUUACAAUGUUUUUUCUUCUUCUUUCAAACAAUAGGCAUCAUUGUAGUUAAUAUAUUACAUACACGUCUUUCCAAUCAAGGACUAAUUGAAAAAACAUAACUUUCAAGUUUUUCUAAUUUGUCUUUCAUCUAUUGCCCAAUUUCAUAGCAUGUCUGAGAUUGUUUUUAUUCAUUAAACAUUUUUAGCUUGGAGUCUCUGAUAUUAUAGUUAAAUAAA